AUGUCGUUACCCAACCGGCUACUGUACAGAUAUUUUUCGUCCUCCAAGCAUCCGCCGAAGACUGCAAGAACAAAAUGGAAAAGCGUUAUCGGAUUGGAGGUGCAUGCACAACUGAACACAGAAUCGAAAUUAUUUUCCGGUGCCCGCGCAACAUUCGGAGCGGCUCCGAAUUCGUGUGUUGCUUUGUUCGAUGCAUCCAUUCCCGGGACAUUGCCAGUGCUGAACAAAAAUGCCGUAGAACUUGGUGUGCGAACAGCCCUUGCGCUAGGCUGCAACGUAAACGCGGUUUCGAUGUUUGACCGUAAGCACUACUUUUACGCUGAUCUACCGAACGGAUACCAGAUCACCCAACAACGAGCUCCUUUGGCGCGAGGUGGCGCACUAUCGUUUCCGGUGUUUGUUCCAGGUGUGACGAAGACUCCGUACUACAAGACGGCAAAGUUACACCAGUUGCAGCUAGAGCAAGAUAGUGGGAAAUCUCUGCACGAUCCGAUCGAGCGGAAGAGUUUGGUCGAUUUGAACCGUGCCGGUAUGCCGCUGAUGGAGUUGGUGUUUGAACCGGAUUUAGAAAGUGGCGAGGAAGCCGCUGCACUGGUGAAGGAGUUGAUGUUGAUCCUGACCAGGUUGCAAAGUUGCACGUGUAAAAUGGAAGAUGGUGCAUUACGCGUGGAUGCAAAUAUUUCGGUGCAUUUAGAAAAUACACCUCUGGGGACACGAACGGAGGUGAAGAAUAUUGGUUCCGUUCGUGCCGUCGCACAAGCUGUCGAUUACGAAAUACAACGGCAAAUCGCUGUUCUGGAUAAUGGCGGAAAGAUACACAAUGAAACAAGAGCGUGGGACGCUGCCGCGAAGACAACGGUUGCAAUGAGAGACAAGGAAGUGGUGCAGGAUUAUCGUUUUAUGCCGGAACCCAAUCUACCGCCGUUGCAUUUGAGAUUACACGACAAGGAAUGUACCGAAAAGGAGUCAGAAGUCGAUGUGAUAGACGUUCCAAAGUUGAGCCAUACGCUGCCCGAACUCCCGGAGCAAACGCGACAAAGGAUCAUUCAAAUGCAUCAGCUAUCUAGCACGAUUGCCAUUACGCUUGUUAAUGACAUCAUACUGCACGAACAUUUCCGUGCCAUCAUCGAAGGGUCCAGUGGGCGUUCACCGAAGCUGGUGGCUAACUUUCUGAUCAACGAACUACUUACGAUAUUGAACCGCAACAAGCUGGAUCCGGCCGACUGCCAUGUGACGUCCGGCCAGCUCGGAACCAUCGUCGAUAUGCUGCAGGAAAAUCAACUCAACGCCCAAUACGCCAGUCGGGUGCUGCAGGAGUUACUGGCCGACGAACGAUUGCAGGUGUGUCCGCGGGAAAUUGUUUCCACCAACGGUUGGUUUCUCAUUACGGAUGAAGCGCAAAUUAGUCAACACUGUGAGGAUGUAAUUAAGCGUCAUCCGAAGCUGGUGGAUAAGUAUCGCAAAGGCAAGGAGAAAAUGCUGUACGCGUUGGCGGGUGAGGUGGCAAAGGUAAGCGAGGAGAAGAUUGAUAUGGCAAGGGCAGUUGAAUUGUUAAAGGAAAUGCUGAAACGAGCGACUUAA